UUCCAGUGAACGGACAUACCAGAAUGAAUGCCAGGUUGAGUCUUCAGUGCGUGCCAUGUUCUGGACACCUAUAUAAGUAGUGACAUUUCACAGUAGGGACAUCAAUCUUUGGCUAACACUCUUGACUGUAACAUCUAUCCCUGGAAUUGCAUUGAGCUCAUAAUGGCAACCGAGUCCUCAUUAUCCAAGGUCAACUUCCUGUGCAUUUUCUUUGCCUGUGUACUUAGUCUGCAAGGAGCAGUGGCUCAGACAAACACAACAUGUACUAAUGAUGUGCCUGGCUGGGGUGUGGCCCUUUUAGUCUUGAUAUGUCUCAUACUGGCCUGUUUGCUCUGCAGCUUGUGUUCUAUUCCCUUUCUGUGCAAGUGUUGUAAAAGAGACAGUGAACAAGGAAUUCCCUGUGGAAAAUAAGCUAGAAAGAGAAAAUGUGGAGAACUGCUUCCGUUUUAAUACUGUUCUAUUAUACAGCAUUUGCAAAUUGAAGCAGAUUAACAUGCUGCCUCCAUAUAAAUAUAUGUGUGUGUAUAUAUAAUAUAUAUAAACAGAUUUUUAGGGUGAUGAUUCCCUUUAAUCUACUGAUUUGGUACAUGGUACAUUUAACAUGUGUUUGUUAGCCUCUGUAGGUCUGAUAGAGUUUUCUGUUUCUUUUCUGUUUCUGUUAAUUCUAGCAUUAUAGCAACACAAGCACAAUACAAAGAAGUUCUGUUGAAAAUGUAUUCUGGAUAAGUUUUAAUAAAUAUAAUAUGAUAAAGCA